CAGUGGUAACUUCCUUCAGGACUGAAGUAUGUACCUCCGCCGCGCCGACAAAUACAGCGAUCCCAAACCCGGCCCUUGUUCGGAACCGGCAUCAUUGAGGAAGCGCAAGAGACACCCUGGCUUAACUUUGGUCGCUAUUCGGCUCGGGAGACAGGCGUCAACAUAUACCUGGGCAUCGUGGAAUGAUCCACGGAGGCUUUUCAUACCCAGGAAUAUAUAUGCACUUUGAUAUGCACCCUGCCGGUUCUUAAAAAGCCGCCAGAACCUCAGGCAAGGUAUCUUGACAGACUUUGUUCCUCCCCUUCAAUCAUGGAAUCGUCAAAAUCGCGACCAACUCCAUUGGUGCUCAAUGACUAUCCUGAAGUUCCCAACGUCCCUUCUUCUCCUACUUCCAGUGGGCAGGGCUUAUCGCACCCGUUCGAUGCCAUUAUACCUCCUGCACAUACCCAUAGGACGCUCGUGCUGUGCUUUGAUGGAACCGGUGACCAAUUUGAUUCCGAUAAUUCCAACAUCGUCCAGCUUUUCAGCAUGCUAGUCAAGGACGAUCCCUCUCAGCAAAUGGUGUAUUAUCAGGCUGGCAUAGGAACAUACUCUAUCCCAGAAAUGGCCACACCCAUGAUGGCGAAGCUCUCCAAGACUGUUGACAUGAUGAUUGGGAAUCAUCUCAACGCCCAUGUGAUGGGAGGAUACGAGUUUCUCAUGCAGAAUUAUGACGCUGGUGAUAAGAUUUGCAUCUUCGGCUUUUCACGAGGCGCCUACACAGCGCGCGCGCUUGCUGGAAUGAUUCAUAAAAUCGGCCUUUUGCCUCGCUGCAACCAUCAGCAGGUUCCUUUUGCAUACAACAUGUACAGCCGUGACGAUGAUGAAGGAUGGAAACAAAGUACCGCAUUCAAGAAGGCCUUCUCUAUCAACGUGGAUAUUGAAUUUGUUGGUGUUUGGGAUACCGUUGAUUCGGUAGGAAUCAUUCCUAGACGAUUGCCCUUUACACGGGCGAACGACAAUAUCAGGUACUUCCGUCACGCAAUGUCUCUUGACGAACACCGGGCGCGCUUCAAGCCAAGUCGUUGGGCGCGCCUGACGGAGGAGGACAAGAAGAAGUAUGGCGUCAAACGUCACGAAAUGCCUCGCAGCUUCCGGAGGCAUCCGCCCUCACAGCAGAAUGGCAACGGCAAUCACAGCAGCCCAGACAGUCAAGAAACCAAGGGGUCGCAUCACCAUCACCACUCCGACUGUCUGCCUGAACUACAGCGUCAAUACACAACUUCCUUCGCUGAGACGAACGUCGAAGAGGUUUGGUUCGCUGGGUGUCAUUGCGACGUCGGCGGAGGUUCUGUCCCGAACGGUACCCGCAAUAGUCUAGCCCGCAUACCACUUCGCUGGAUGAUUCGAGAGAUAUUCAAGCUUGAGGUCGGCAUUCUCUUCCACCAGAACAUGUUCAGACAAAUUGGCAUGGAUUCUGCAACGCUCUACCCACAUGUACUUGAGCGGCCUCCUGCAGUAUUUCAAGUUCCGAAACCCCCAUCUCCUCCUGGCACGCCGGAUUCGACAGUAAAGGCCCUUAUGAUUGCUGCGCCCAAAAUCGUCACCGAUGAUCCCACAGUCGUCGCCUAUAGUGAUGAUGGCACUUUCCUGAACGAGGAACUCGAGGACCUGGCUGACGCCGUGACCGAAGAUUAUGACCAGCUCCGCAUCGCACGUUACUGGUGGAUUCUAGAGGUCAUUCCGCAGAUGCUUCGCUACCAGGAUGACGAUGAUGACUCUUGGGUCGACAAGUACACGGUUAAUAUGGGACAGGGCCGGCACGUUGCGCGCCAACACAAGGACGGCGUCAAAGUCCAUAGGUCUGUCAAAAUUCGUAUGGAGGCAGAUAACCUCAAAUAUGGGAAGUACUGGCCCAGGGCGAAACUGAGGGUGGAGCCUCAAUGGAUUGACUGAGCUGUUCCCGUGUAAUUCGCACGUUUCUAUGUUAUGAUCUGCGAUUUUGUGAUAUUUUACACAUGUACGUAGUACUUGCUUUAUUGUAGUUGUAGUAAACGACCAUUUUUCUUGCUGCACGUUCUUGGG